AUGUUUGAAUCAAAUCAAGUUCAGCUAUCGUCAUUGUCAAACAAUUCUCAAGCUUGCAAAAUCAUCGUUAUAAGUGGCAGACCAGCUACGGGAAAGACAACCAUUUGCAAUGCACUGAUACCUCUUUUAAAAAUUAAAUUUCCCUCUCACAAUAUCAUAUUCCUUGACACCAAUACACUUCUUUCCAUGAGUGAAUACAUUCCUUCACAACACAUUGAAACCAUUCAAAAAUUGAAAAAUAGCGGAAAAUUGAAAUAUCAUUUAGAUCCUGAAAUAAUGAGCACAAUUUUGAAUUCCUACUUUUCAAAGCACAAUGCACCACAAAAUAUCAUCUUAUUUUACAGAGGACCUCAAUCUAUUCAUGUCUGCAAGCAUUUACAUUUUAUACCAAAUUUGUACAUUUAUUUAGAUGCUUCCAUUGAAGAUUUAGUUCACAGAGUUUGUUUAAGGAGAGUUGAUUUAAUUUCUGGAAAAACCUUUCACCUCGAAGCAGAUGCUGUCUAUAUCGAAGCCAACAAGUCCACACUCAAACUAAGUCAACGUAUUGGAGACUCUGAAGAUUUAUUCAGAGCAAGAAUUGAUCGAUCAGAUAAACAUAUUUUGGAAGUGUUUCACUACUACCAGAACCUAAUGACGAGUCAAUCCAUGAACAAGGACAUGCAUGAUGAAACAAGACAAUCCAGGGUUGAAAGAAACGCAAUUCAUGUGAUUUCUGUUCCUUGUGGAAAAGAAAGAAGCAAAGAAGAAACUCUUGAGGAGGUCCUUGCGCUUAUUUCUGAAUUCGUUCUAGUUGGAUAA